CGCCAAUUGAAGCCUCGGCUAUAAAUUGAGCUCCCCGCGCAGCCGAAACCCAGAUGCCUCGCCAGGCCGCCCCGCCGUCGGUGGCGGGAGAAGGUAGAGGGUCCCAGGGGGCUUUGGGGGGCGCUGCCACCAUGCUCCGCUCCCUGCUGCUUCACUCUCUGAGGCUCUGCGCCCAGACCGCCUCGUGCCUCGUGCUCUUCCCGCGCUUCCUAGGCACGGCCUUCAUGCUCUGGCUCCUCGACUUCCUGUGCAUCCGCAAGCAUUUGCUGGGCCGCCGACGUCGGGGUCAGCCCGAAACUGAAGUGGAGCUCAACAGUGAUGGCGAGGAGAUGCCCCCCGACGACCCGCCCAUCUGCGUGUCCGACGACAACCGCCUGUGCACCCUGGCGUCGCUGAGGGCGGUGUGGCACGGCCAGAAGUUGGAUUUCUUCAAGCAGGCACACGAGGGAGGUCCGGCGCCCAACUCCGAGGUAGUCUUGCCCGACGGCUUCCAAAACCAGCACAUCCUCGAUUACGCACGAGGGAACCGCCCGCUGGUGCUCAAUUUCGGCAGCUGCACCUGACCACCGUUCAUGGCGCGCAUGAGCGCCUUCCAGCGCUUGGUCACCAAGUACCAGCGCGACGUCGACUUCCUCAUCAUCUACAUUGAGGAAGCACACCCCUCCGACGGCUGGGUCACCACAGACUCCCCCUACAGCAUCCCGCAGCACCGAAGCCUGGAGGACAGGGUCAGCGCAGCUCGGGUACUGCAGCAAGGUGCGCCCGAGUGCUCUCUCGUCCUUGACACCAUGGCCAACUCCAGCAGCUCAGCCUAUGGUGCCUACUUCGAGCGCCUCUAUGUCAUCCAGAGUGGCACCAUUAUGUAUCAGGGUGGCCGUGGCCCUGAUGGCUACCAGGUCUCCGAGCUGCGCACCUGGCUGGAGCGCUAUGAUGAGCAAUUGCACGGGGCUCAGACCCGUCGAGUGUAAACAGCCAAUGGACAACUGACUGAACUUGGCAGGCCAUGCCUUCGAGCCUUCGAAGUCCACGUGCAAACGCCCCAAAGGAAGUCAGGAUUGGCUAUGCUGAGCCAUGGAUCGCAGGCUGUGUCUGUCCCCUCAGCCAAGCCACCUGAAGACUCUCCCCUGCCUCCCUGGACUCUGCUUCUGUGACUGUCUCUUGCCUGUACUUGCCUGGCUCACUCUAAAUCCCCUUCUGAGUGUGAAGGCAGUGCCACCUCUUCCUGUGUGCCCUUGGACUUGUCCUCACAGAGACCCCUGCCACGCGCUCUCAUAUGCCCUCCCCAGAAUACAAGAGCCAGCGUGUCUUUAGCCAGGCGCGUUGGCCCAGCGCAAAGAGACUUUGGUCGCGCCUGUGCGCCCUGAGCGCAGCUGGGUUCCAGUGGCGCGUGCGCUCGCCCCAGUUGCCUGGCACCCAAGCUUGCCGCGCGACGGGAGGGGAUGCCCUGCUGCUUUUGUAUCUACUUCUUGUCUCUGUGUUGGGGGAAGAGACUUGGGGUGGGAAAGGGUGGGCAGGGUUAUUUUCCCCCUCAUUUGGGGUGCUCACGGGCCCCACUGCUGAUGACGAGCUGUCUCUAACUGGUCUUGACCACGAGCUGGUUCUGAAUUGCAGGAAGCUCGAAGCAGCGCCUAAAACGAGAGGGGAAAGUGCUCUGGGUUUCCCUGAGGAAACCAUGUCAGCGGAGUGGGAGAGGGAGGCUGGGGGACUGCUUCUGGACAGAGGAAGACGCUUUGGGAGACACUGGCGAGGUUCUCAGCUCCCCAGGGAGAAGGAAGGGGCUGGGGCUCCUGAGACACGGGGUUUGGGUGGUGGAGCCCGGGGAAGAGAGACGGGGAGAGCCUGAGAACCCCGAGUGAGGGGUCUCCUAGGCAGAGCUGCCAACUGCAGAUCAGGAAGGUGGGGGGCCCCUGAUUCGAAGGCCAUUUAGUGAGUGUUUUGCUGGAAAUAUGCCCUGUAUAUAAACUUCUUUCACACUACAAUAAU